AUGUCCGUGCAGACCAUCCCAACCAAACCCUUCGAAGGCCAAAAGCCAGGCACGAGCGGUCUUCGCAAGCGCACAAAGGUCUUUUCCCAGCCUCACUACGUAGAGAACUUUAUCCAAGCCACGCUGGACAGCUUUCCCAACGGUACGCCCAAAUCUUUGGUGGUGGGAGGCGAUGGUCGAUACUUUAGCGUGCCUGCCAUUCAGAGCAUCAUCCGCGUCGCUGCCGGCAACGGCGUGCAGAAACUCAUCAUUGGUCAGAACGGCAUCCUCAGCACCCCAGCAGUCUCUCACCUCAUCCGUCUGCACAGCACCGACGGUGGCAUCCUCUUGACCGCGAGCCACAAUCCAGGCGGUCCGGAAGCGGAUUUCGGCAUCAAGGCCAACUUGUCAUCUGGUCAGCCUGCGGGCGAGAAUGUCACCGACGCCAUCUACAAAAAGACGACGACGAUACAAGAGUACAAGGCGGUGCAGGGUGGCGAGGUGGACUUGUCCAAGGUUGGCGACACCAAGCACGGCAAUCUAUCCAUCUCUGUGGUGGACAGCGUGUCGGACUACAUUCAGUACCUCUCCACCAUCUUUGAUUUCGAUUUGAUCAAGCAAUUCUUGCAAUCCGGCUCCUUCACCGUCCGCUUCGAUGCGCUGCACGGCGUCACUGGUCCAUACGGUCGCGCCCUCUUCAUCGACGCUUUCGGUCUGCCAGAGAGCGCCAUCCAGAACUGCGUGCCAUCGCCAACUUUCAACGGCGGUCAUCCCGAUCCCAACCUGACCUACGCCAAGAGCCUGGUCGAUGCGGUGGAAAAGGAAAAUAUCUCCUUCGGCGCAGCGUCGGAUGGCGAUGGAGAUCGCAACAUGAUCAUCGGCAAGGGCGCAUUCGUCAAUCCUAGCGACAGCGUGGCCAUCAUCGCAGAGUGGGCAUCCAAGGGCGUCAUUCCCUACUUCAACAAGUCUGGCGGCGUCAAGGGGCUGGCCAGAUCCAUGCCCACAUCUGGCGCGCUCGACCGCGUCGCAAAGGAGCACAAUUUGCCCUUCUUUGAGGUGCCGACCGGCUGGAAAUUCUUUGGAAACCUCAUGGAUGCCGGCAAGUUGUCCAUCUGCGGAGAAGAGAGCUUCGGCACGGGAUCGGAUCACAUUCGAGAGAAGGACGGCUUGUGGGCCGUCGUCGCCUGGCUGUCAAUUCUCGCUGCGGCCAACAAGGAGAAGCCUGGCACAUCUGUGCAGGACGUGCUGCAAGCGCACUAUCAAAAGUAUGGCCGCAACUUUUUCUCGCGCUACGACUAUGAAGAGGUGGACAGUGCAGGAGCCAAGACGUUGAUGGACGACUUGGCGGCCAAGUUUGGCGAUGCGUCAUUCGCAGGAAGCAAGUUGGGCGAAUUUGAGGUCAAGAGUGGAGAGCUGUUUGAGUACAAGGAUCCGGUGGACGGCAGCGUCAGCAAGAAUCAAGGUCACAUGAUUACGUUUGUGGACGGUAGCAGAAUCAUCUUUAGAUUGAGCGGGACCGGUUCAGCGGGCGCUACCAUUCGGCUCUACGUUGAGAAAUACUCCAAGGACCCCAGCGAGUACGCUGCGGAUGCUCAAGUGGGCCUCAAGCCGCUCAUCGACCAAGCGCUGGCGCUGAGUCAGCUGCAAAAACACACUGGUCGCGACAAGCCCACCGUCAUUACUUGA